AUGUUUUACGACCUAAAUGUCGACUACAAUCCGUCGACCAAGGACGCUGACUUGUCCAGGACACUGGCCUUUCUCAGUGAAUUAGGAUACAAUGUCAUCGCCUUGAACCAUACCAUCUCUGGCAGGCUACCGUCGGAUCUCUCCUGCGCAAUCCCUGAUCCCUUGCCGUUCAAGACUCCCGCUUCCCUGACCAUCCUCCGUCGCUGCACUUUGAUCUUAUCCGAAUCAGCUACCAACAACCGUCUGGGUGCCUUGGCGAACAACUACGACAUUCUCGCUUUGCGACCUGUCGACGAGAAGACUUUCCAACAUGCCUGUGGUACCGCUGACUGCGACCUGAUCUCCCUCGACCUCACUCAACGCCUGGGCUAUCACUUCAAAUUCAAAACCGUCUCUGAAGCCGUGAAGCGUGGCGUUCGCUUCGAAAUCGCGUACAGUCAACCUUUGUUGGCUGAUCCUGCCGCCAAGCGAAACCUUAUCGGCAAUGCGACUGGCCUGAUUCGAGCAACCAGAGGCGGUCGUGGUAUUAUCAUCAGCAGCGAGGCUACCAAGGCCGUAGGCUGUCGCGCACCGUGGGACGUCGUCAAUCUGGCUGCUAUCUGGGGACUUGCUCAAGACCGUGGUUAUGAAGCCGUCAGCAAAGAGGCAAGGAGUGUCGUCGUCAGUGCCAAAUUGAAGAGGACAAGCUUCAGAGGUGUCGUCGAUGUCGUGUAUGGAGGCGAAAAGCCUGCUGUCAAAGAGCAACCCGAAAAACAAGGACAGAAAGACAAGACCAAGGUGGCCGCUCUCAAGGAGGACAACACGAAGAAAAGGAAGUCGGAAGAGGUCGACGACACUACAACAGAUGGUUCAGAAAAGCCCAUCUCGAAGCGAGAGCAGAAGAGAAGAGCGCACAAGGCUAGGUUGGAAAGCUUAGGUCAACCCAGUACUGCUGCGCCAUGA